AUGGGUCUCAGAGGCAACCGAUACGAAAUGUCAGUUCGACGAAGAGUCAGUUCAAAUAACGAUGACGCAUUGAACUACUAUAUGAAACAAGCAGGAUGGUACGAUGAUGACUACAGCAUGCAACAGUACAACAGCGGUGCGGCAGAGUCCUCCAAGACAUCAGCCACCAGCAAAGGAAAAUAUAAUGAUGAUGAUGGAGUCUCAGUUAGUGCCGCCAAUUCGGAUGGUAUUUCAAUGGAGAUGAAGCUAAUAGCAGCAGCAAUCGCUAUUGCCUUUGCAGUCAUCGUAUUCAAAUGCCUAAGCGGAAGACGGCGACGAAAGAAGGUUUCCUCUGCCGCCUCAAGAGCCACUUCUCGUUCAGAAAAAUCUAGCUCCAAGUCCCGCCCAGCCCGAUCAAGAUCGGGUACUCGCACACGCAGCAAAUCAUCUUCUUCUGCGAAGGGAGAUGAAUACCACAGAAUGGACGAUCGUGAGCAUCGACCAGCACGUUCGAAGGAAAGAUCGAAGGAAAGAUCCAAGGACAGGCAACGGUCCAAGGAACGAUCUAAGGAACGUCCGCAAUCCAAGGACAGGCAACGGUCUAAGGAACGCCCACGAUCCAAGGAAAGACAACAUUCUAAGGAACGUUCACGCUCGACUUCCAACGGUCGAAAAAGCAGCCGUGACAGAAAGAGCACCAAAAGAUCAUCUCGGUCGACUUCGAGAAAUCGAUCAUCACUGCUGGUGUAA